AUGUUAGGCCAUCAUUUUCAAAAUGUCGACAAGUCGCAACAACUGGUCAACUAUGUGGAGGAUUACCUGGAAUGUGUGGAGUCCCUGCCUUUGGACAUACAAAGAAAUGUGUCUCUGCUACGAGAAAUCGAUGCAAAGUAUCAAGAGGUGCUGAAGGAGGUGGAUGAGGUCUUUGAGAAAUACAAAGGUGAACAGGACAUCGGUCAGAGGAAGCGGCUGCAGGUCCAGCUGCAGCGGGCGCUGAUCAUCAGCCAGGAGCUGGGGGACGAGAAGAUCCACGUGGUCACCCAGAUGACCGAGCUGGUGGAGAACCGCUCCCGCCAGAUGGACUCCCACUCCCUCUGCCUGCAGGAGUCCGGCGAGCCCGAGCGGCUGACCGCGGAGCGGCGCUCCAGCGUCCAGGAGCCGGCCGGCCCGGAGCGCAGCUCGGCGCGGCGGCCCCGGCGCCAGCGCAACAGCGAGAGCCGCGACUCCACCCACACCUCCGCCAACGGGUCGCUGGUGGAUGACCCCGCGGAGGAGCUGCCCCUGCCCCCGCCCCGAGAAAAGAAGUCCAAGUCCUCCAAGAAGAAGAAGCGCAGAUCCAAGCAGGAGCGGGACGCCUCGCCGGUGGACUUCGCCAUCGACCCCAACGAGCCCACCUACUGCCUCUGCGAGCAGGUGUCCUACGGCGAGAUGAUCGGCUGCGACAACGACCAGUGCCCCAUCGAGUGGUUCCACUUCUCCUGCGUCGGGUUGACCUACAAGCCCAAGGGGAGGUGGUACUGCCCCAAAUGCCGAGGGGACAGUGAAAAGACCAUGGACAGAAGCCUGGACAAAAACAGAAAGGACCGCCGGUCCAGGUAG